GAAAACACUGAAGCACGAAACAGGAAGUGGGAAGCUGCUGAUAAACACAAGUCUUGAAGCAGUGUGACACUUGAGAGAGAAUAGUGUCGCUGAUCGGGGAAGACUUACAUGUCAUCUAAUCACAAAUAUCAUAGAGUUAUAUGAGAUGAAGGGCGCGCUGGAGCUGCUGCAGAGGGUGAGCGCGCACGCAGACGCGUGCUGCUGGUACGUCGCGUGGAACCCGGCCGGAACGCUGCUCGCGUCAUGCGGCGGAGACCGCACCAUCAGAAUAUGGGGGAAAGAAGGGGACAGUUGGGAGUGUAAGUGUGUCUUGGCUGAUGGACACCAGCGUACGGUCAGAAAGGUGGCCUGGUCUCCCUGCGGGAAAUAUCUGGCUUCAGCCAGCUUUGAUGCCACAACAUGCAUCUGGAAGAAGACUGAUGAUGAUUUUGAGUCUCUGACUGUGCUAGAAGGUCAUGAGAACGAAGUCAAGUGUGUGGCCUGGGCUCCGUCUGGAAACUUACUGGCCACCUGCAGCAGAGACAAAAGUGUUUGGAUCUGGGAAGUGGACGAGGAGGAUGAAUAUGAGUGUGUAAGUGUUGUGAAUUCACACACGCAGGAUGUGAAGCAUGUCGUUUGGCACCCAACACAGGAGCUUCUCGCAUCAGCCAGUUAUGACAACAAAGUGUGUAUUUAUAAAGAGGAGGAUGAUGACUGGGAAUGUAGAGCCACGUUGGAGGGUCACGAAUCCACCGUUUGGAGUCUGGCCUUUGACCCUGAAGGAAGGAGAUUGGCGUCUUGUAGCGAUGAUCGUACCGUGAAGAUCUGGAAGGAGUCGACGGCUGGAGAUGGUUCAACAGAUGAGUCCUGGAAGUGUGUGUGUACCUUGUCUGGAUUCCAUGGGAGAACAGUGUAUGAUGUUGCAUGGUGUCGUCUGACUGGUGCCCUGGCCACAGCGUGUGGCGAUGACGGAGUCCGUGUGUUCAGAGAAGACCCCACUGCUGACUCAGAGCAGCCCGUCUUCUUCAUGUCAGCCCAUGUGCCCAAAGCCCACGGUCAGGACGUCAACUGCGUGUCCUGGAACCCGAAGGAAGCGGGGCUGCUGGCCACCUGCAGUGACAACGGAGAGUUUGCCAUCUGGAAGUACAGCUCUGAUUCCUCAGCCGGUGAAUGACAGUCAAUCAGACACAUAAUGAGGAACAAUAGCUGUUUUUAUUCAGGCUGUGAGUGAGGAAACUGAGUGUAUUGGCAGCACUGGUGAAGUGGAUCGAAAGACAAUAUACUCUUUAACUCACAUCACUGUUUUUGAUGGGUCAGUUGUAACUUAUCAGAAUUGUUUUUGACAGUAUGGAUAUAUUUCAACUUUUAUCUGUGGCUUAAAAUACCUUCAGUGCUUUAAUUAAAUAAAGCGUCUUGAUGCUGAUUUUUCUUUUUAUUAUGUCUCAGAACCAUCUGUUUAGAUUGAUAUAAAAAAUUUAGAGUGACUUCAUCUAUAAUAGUUGUGUUAAAGUAAUGUUCCACUUUUAAUAGUCCUUUGUCUGGGUAAAUAUUUACUUAUUGACAGGAAUGAGAGCAAGACUGACAGAUAAAAGCACAGUGCAUUCAGUGAACUGAACUGUUGUUGAACAACGUGCUGAUUCUGUGGAAAAAAACCUCUAGGACCUUCAUACAGUGUGUGCCAUUGUAAAGACUGUUAGUCUGCCUUUCACAACCUCAUUUUCAACUGUUAAAUGCAAUCUGGAAUCUAACCUGAUUAAGGUGUUUACAAGAUACAAUCAUAAUAGACGUUUAUGGGCAUUUGAUAAUUCUUUUAAAUAGAUAUGCCAUUUUUCAAACUGCUUUUCUAUUAGCCAUUAUCUUUGAGCUGAAAGCUAAUUUAAUUUUAAUUGCCCAUUUCACAGAAUAAUUUCUACUUUUCUGAACUUUGGUUAUAAGUUACUGAUGAAAUAUUGGAUAUUUUACAUGGACAAGUUUCUGUUUUGACAAACUUAUUACAGCGAGCUGAUGUCUAACAA